AUGUCGCUCGUCAAUCUCGCACACGUCUGCUCACACCUUUCAAAUGCCAGCAAGGCUCGAUUGGCUCUGACGUCCAUUCCGAAUUCAAACCUCCAUCUCGCCCUUUCGAAUGCCCUUGUCGAAGCUGGAUUCAUAUCGUCUGUCGUUCGGGGCGGGCCGUCUCCACCGCCACUACACCCUUUAUUGAAUACGCCUGCAGUCAACGAUGAGCUAGAGCCCAUCGAGCCAAUUACCCAAGCCAACAUUGCGUCAAGAAGGCUAUGGCUAGGACUUAAGUACUGGCAAAGUCAGCCGGUCCUCAGCAAACUAUCAAUGGUCAGCAAACCCACGCGGCGGAUAUACGUGGAUACGGAGGCUCUACGGGAUAUUAUCAGAGGGUCAAAAAGCCACACAAUCGCUGGGUUGAGGAACCCUGGUGAAUGCCUGUUCCUUAGCACAGAUCGUGGAAUACUAGAGUCCCGGCAGUGUGUGGAGAAGAAAAUAGGAGGGUUAGUUCUCUGUCGUGCUGUUUAG